AUGGGCGAUUACAUAAGGAAAAUCCCCGUCUAUAACGAUUACGAGAAAAAGAAAGAUCUGUUAAAAUAUUCCUUUUUAAAAGAUGGAGAGGAGGAACAAAGAGACGUCCAAAAAAAGCAAACGACGGAGGAGGUCCAAUUUAUUAGUAACUAUCAUAAAGGGGAAGAAGAAGAACAACAACAGAAGGAUGUCUUUAGAAAAGGUGUAAAAAUAGGGGACAGAAUAACACACAUUUUGCUUCUUCUACACUCUGUUUUCAGCAACCGGACCCAAGGGGACGUGCUGACUGAGAGGAAGAAUAAAGUGAAGGAAGAAAACAGCGAGAGGUACUACGCCUACGAGAAGAAGUUCCCCUUCCUCAUCGACACGAGUGUGAAAAAACCAGAUAAAACGAGAAGCAUACAAGAUGUGCUAAAUAACGUCUAUGAACAGGAUGAUGCCGAGAAAAUUCGAUUAUCCGAUGACAUUAAAACCAAAGUGAUGUUGCUUGAAAGGAGGAAGGAACUGUUUCUUCAGGAGUUAGGUGGUGGCGAGCCUGUGGACGUCCAUGCGGAGCUGUUUUUAGACCCACAAAAGGAUUACACCGACGCAGUAAAGAAUAAAAACAAGAUGUUGACUCUGAAGAAUUACGGGUUAGGUCAGUCCCCUUCGGAUUUUGUUUUUUCCUACCCGCAAAUUAAAGCCAAAGGAAGAGGUGGAUAUGCCACCGAAAUGGUGAAGUCGAACAUAUUGAAAAACAAAAACGAGGGAAUCACAAAAAGGUUAAACGUGUACAAUGUAGAAGAUUUAUACACAGGAAAAAAUCACGAAAUGAGGGAACAGGCGGUUUUCUUGAUGAAAAACAGAUUGAGAUAUAUUAAACACACCCAAAAUAGCCACUUCGUCGAGAGUUAUCUGAACGUAAUUCCAUCCGCGUGA